AUGGAUAAAGUGACGAGGCUGGCAUCUGAGAAAGGUGUGGUGAUCUUCACAAAAAGCUCUUGUUGUCUAUGCUAUGCAGUUAACAUUUUGUUUCAAGAGCUUGGGAUUAGGCCUAUGGUGCAUGAGAUAGACCAAGAUCCUGAAGGAAGGGAAAUGGAGAAAGCAUUGAUGAGGUUAGGUUGCACUGCACCUGUUCCUGCUGUGUUCAUUGGAGGGAAACUGAGAGGUUCCACCAAUGAAAUCAUGUCACUUCACCUAAGUGGUUCACUCACUCAGUUGUUGAAACCCUACCAAUCUUGUUCUUGA